AUGAUAACGAAUGAAAAAAAGACUUACAAUCCUUCACUCAGAAGACUCAAUACUUGCUCGUCCUUUGGAUCUGAUGAGCGGAUGUGCUGUGCACCUCUAGCAUUGCCCCAUUCAAGCUCUACGCAAUACCCAAGCUUUCACCUCGCGCAUACUAAAGAAAGGAAAAUGGAGCAACAAGAAGCACAACAAGCCGAGUAUUGGACAUUUCCGACCGACCCCGAAGAGUUUGACAAGGACGAGCGCAUCUCCUUCUCCAGGCUCGACAACAAAUACAUUGCCGUUCAAGACGAUGGCACCGAAUACGAGUUUGAUGAGGGCCUCAAGCGCUGGCUCCCCAUCAUCGACGAAGCCCUAAUCGAGGAACACCAGAGGGCAUACAUAACAUCACUCGGAGACGACGACACAGAGACAGGCCAGUCAGGCAAAGGACAAGGCAAGAAGAGAAAGAACAACGACCGAGAGACCUUUUCUUUCUUUCCCUCGUUGCGCGCACGCCUACAGGACUCCGCUAGCAGUAACAACAUGAACAACCGUCCAUCGAAGAACCAGAAGCGCGAAAAGGCGCCACGGGAGCCCAAGCAAAACACGGCCGUCUACGUGACCGGACUCCCGCUCGACGCGACGGCUGACGAGGUCGCCGAGCUCUUCUCGCGCAAGUGCGGCGUCAUCGCCGAGGAGAUCGACAGCGGCCGCCCGCGCAUCAAGAUGUACACGGACGCCAACGGCAACUUCAAGGGCGACGCCCUGAUCGUCUUCUUCAAGCCGCAGUCGGUCGAGAUGGCCAUCAUGCUCCUGGACGACACCGACUUCCGCUUUGAGCCCUCUCCUGAUGGCAGCAGAAUGCGCGUCCAGGCGGCGGACAUGAGCUACAAAAAGACCAACUACGCUGCAGCAGGCGGGGAGAACGGCGGUGGUGACAAGGCAGGCAACGGUGGCGCAGAGGGAGAAGGCUCGUCCUCUUCGACCCCCUACAACAAUAUCACCAACCCCACCCCCGCCCCCAGCAACAACGGCGGCGGUCACAACCAACGCAGCCAACAAGACAAAGCCAAGAUCAUCAAAAAGACCCAAAAGCUCUCCGCUAAGCUCGCCGACUGGGACGACGACGAGCCCUCUCCCUCCUCGCGCCUUCUAGGGCCCGCAAUCAAAGAAGCAAAGGGAGGCAAGUGGGACAAGGUCGUGAUCCUGCGGCACAUGUUCACUCUCGAAGAACUCAACGAGGACCCGGCCGCGCUGCUGGAGAUCAAAGACGACAUCCGGGAGGAGUGCGCCAAGCUCGGACCCGUGACCAACGUGGUGCUGUUUGACGAGGAGGAGGAAGGGAUCGUGAGCGUCAAGUUCGCGACGGUGGAGGCGGCCGAGGCGUGCGUGCACUUGAUGCAUGGCAGGGCGUUUGAUGGCCGGAUUGUCGAGGCUUUCUUUGCGACGGGCAAGGAGAGGUUCAGGAAGAGCAAGAACAAGGACGCCGGCGAAGAGGAGGGGCAUCAUGGUGAUGAUUGAUUGAAUGAUCUGGACUCUUUUUAGUUAUGACUUGAAAGUUUUCUUGUCUAAAGAUGCCUAUCUAGUGAAAGGAAAGGGCUCCUUUCCUGUUUUCGAUACUUUUCUUUUUGCUUGCGUCUGGGUUUCUUCGCUCAUUAUGCGACAUCAUCAUCACCGUAUAUGAUGGUUUUUGGUUGAUAUCUACGUUGGCUUUGUCGUGGGUAUCAAGAGAUAGGUUGGUUUUAUAGUGCUUGUAUGACACACAUGUAAACCAAUUCAGCUUAUUACUAGUACCAACUUGUCAUUCAGUCAGAAGUAUGUAUGCCUUCAGUUCUACCCGUCGUGGUUGUUUAUGAACCGCUGUCCGAGG